AUGUCAAAGAGAACCUUUAAUUUUCGUUCAUCAACAUCAUCAUCUGGUAAAUCUAAACAGUUUGAUGUUAACAGUGUUUUGGAUAGAACUCCUCUGUCAAACAUUUCGAAUGUUAUUGAUACCGGUGAAAGGCGAAGAAUCAGAAAAAGAAUACUUGAGAGUAAGCGGUCGAAGAAUAAAACUUCUUCUUCAAAUGUUGGUGUGACGUUACGUGAUAAAGAAAACUCAUCUCACGUAUCUAAUGUUACAAAUCAGAUAGAUAUGACAAUCUCUUUUCAGAGAAGUGUAGAUGCUACGCUAUCUUCAUAUACUAAUAAUAUAGGUAAUUUUGACAGAAUUCCUCUUUCAACCAUUUCUACAGUUAUUGAUACUGCAGAAAGACGAAGUAUCCGAAAAGCAAUAAUUGACAAAAAGAAGGGAAAGAAAAAAACUUCUACUACAAACGUUGAUGUCGGCAUACGUGGGAAAGAAAACAUAUCUCAAGUCUCUAAUGUUACACAUAAUAUAAAUACGACAAUCCCGUUACAUGGAAGUUUGAAUGGUAUGCCUGCUUUACUUGAUACAAACUUUUCCAGUAAUGAUAAUUUGCAAAACAACGAUCUUUCCGUAUGUACCCCUGGCGUAUAUUCGAUUAACUCAAAUAUCUUGACAUAUACCAAUUCGACUUCAGCAUCUAACCGAACAUCACUUAGUAAGUUGUCAGCCGGAAAGCGCAAACUGAAGCACAAGUCACGUGAUUUAUCCCCAGUAGUUAUGCAAAGUUUGGAAUCGGGUGAUCCUAGCAAUGCUGAAAUUUUUGUUCCAGAUCCUUAUAAAGGAAUUUCAAGUGAGUACAUAGAUCAUGGUGAUCAAGUUGUUAUAUGUGAUAUUUGUCAUGCCAAGUUAUGGACUUCCGAAGCUGGAAAAGGUCGAUUGACAUUGGGCAAGUUAUGUUAUGGUUUAUGUUGUGGAUAUGGGAAAGUUGAGCUACCAAAUUUAAAGGAGGCAAAUUCGUCGUAUCAAAAUUUGUUCCACAUGUCAGAUCAAAGAAGCAAGUUCUUCUUAAAGAAUAUCCGACGAUAUAAUUGUAUGUUCUCUUUUACAUCUAUGGGUGGAAAGGUUGAUUCGAAAAUAAACAAGGGAAAUGCUCCAUUCAUAUACCGAAUUAGUGGUCAAAAUUUUCAUAGCUUAGGUAGUCUAAAACCAGCUAAUGGCAAGCAAGCUAAGUUUUCUCAACUAUACAUAUACGAUACUGAGAACGAGGUAUAUAACAGACAAAGUGUAUUGGGGCAACAGGUAACUUCACAUGAACAGGAGUUGGACGUCGAAAUAAUUGAAUACCUUAAAGAUUUUUUAGAUUCCCAUAAUGAGUUGGUUAAAUCUUACAGAAUGGUACGAAACCAUUUUCAACAAAAUCCGGGAGCAAUCCUUAAGCUCCGACUUAUUUACAACAGAGACAAAGAUGGAAGAACUUAUAAUCUGCCAUCCUCGACUGAAGUAGCUGCUUUGAUUGUCGAUGAUUUAGAUGCUUCUGUUGAUCGUCGUGACAUUGUUGUUGAAACUCAAUCUGGUAUGCUUAAACGUAUUAGUGAGUUACAUCCAUCCUACCUUGCUCUUCAAUAUCCUAUUUUUUUCCCGUUUGGUGAUGAUGGAUAUAGAAUCGAUAUUCCUCAUAGGGAUGGUGUAACAACCAAGAAAAAAAUACGACCAAAAUGCACAAUGCGGGAAUUCUUUGCAUAUCGAAUACAGGAUCGCAUUAGUGGUUAUUCUUUGGUUUUAAACGGAAGAAGACUGUUCCAACAGUUUUUGGUUGACGCUUACACUAUGGUUGAAAGCGAAAGGUUAAAUUUCAUACGUGGUAAGCAGAAGAAUCUACGAUCCGAGACAUUUGAAAAUUUACAAAAGUAUAAGCACACAGGUCAAGAAAAUUUAUCGAACACCGGUCAAAAGGUAAUUCUGCCUUCUUCCUUUACUGGAGGGGCUCGGUUCAUGCAACAAAACUACCUUGAUGCUAUGGCUUUAUGUAAAUGGUUUGGAUACCCAGAUUUUUUCAUAACCAUUACAUGCAAUCCUAAAUGGCCUGAAAUUUCAAGAUUUCUUAAAGAUACUUCAAUUAAACCAGAAGACAGACCAGAUAUACUAUGUCGAUUGUUCAAGAUGAAGUUGGAUUCAAUGAUUAAAGAUCUAAAGGAUAACAUAUUUUUUGGUGAAAUAAACGCAGUUGUUUAUACCGUUGAAUUUCAAAAACGUGGCCUACCUCAUGCACACAUUUGUUUAUUUAUGAAAGUCGAUCCUAAACUUCCCACCGUAGAUCACAUAGAUCCUUUUAUUUCAGCUGAAAUUCCAGACAAAUCCGAAGAUCCGCAGUUAUACUCACUUGUGUCUGAGUAUAUGAUUCACGGUCCUUGUGGGAAUGCUAACUUGAGCUGUCCUUGCAUGGUUGACAAAAGAUGUUCUAAACGAUUUCCUAAAAAGUUUUCUGCUCAAACUAUUAUUGACUCAAGUGGUUUUCCGGUUUAUCAAAGAAGAGAUUGUGGUCGUACUGUUAUAAAGAAAGGUGUUCAACUUGACAACCGAAGUGUUGUACCGUAUAACAAAAGUCUAUUAAGACGAUACCAAGCUCAUAUUAAUGUUGAAUGGUGUAACCAAGCUGGCUCCAUAAAGUACCUUUUCAAGUACAUUAACAAAGGUCCUGACCGGGCUACCGCCGUUGUGUUUUGCGAAGCAGAAGGGUCUAGCAUUCAGAAACCAAAAGACGAAAUAAAAGAGUACUAUGAUUGUAGAUACAUAUCUGCUUGUGAAGCUUCUUGGAGAAUUUUCUCAAAUGAAGUGCAUUAUAGAUAUCCUGCUGUAAUGAGGCUUCCUUUUCAUUUACCUGGUCAGCAUAAUGUUGUAUAUGGUGCAGAUGAUGAUAUUGAAGAUGUCUUGAGCAAACCAUCCGUUGCUUCUUCGAUGUUUUUGAAAUGGUUUGAAUUAAAUCAACGUGAUGACGAAGCAUGUAAAUUGACUUAUGUCGAGUUCCCACAAAAGUAUGUUUGGAAUGUAAAAGAUAGACGCUGGCAAAUACGAAAAAGGUAUCAAACUGUUGGUAGAAUUCAUUCCGUUUCAAUUGCUUCUGGUGAACCUUAUUAUUUAAGGAUUCUCCUAAACAAAGUCAGGGGUCCCAAAUCAUUUGAAGAUAUUCGAACAGUUAAUGGAGAGUUAUUCCCCACUUUUAAAGACGCAUGCUAUGCAAUGGGUCUUCUAGAUGAUGACAACGAAUAUGUUGAAGCAAUUAAAGAAGCAAGUUUUGAUGGUCAUUGUCGGUAUUUAAGAGCAUUAUUUGCCACAAUGCUGUUAACAAAUACUCUAACAAGACCUGAAUUUGUUUGGGAUAAAACGUGGCAUUUAUUAGGAGACGAUAUUUUGUACAGACGUCGGAAAGAGACACGUAUCCCUGAUUUAACGCUUCCUGAAGAUCAACUGAAGAAUCAGAUUUUGUUUGAAAUUGAGAAUUAUUUAAUUUCCAAUGGUUCAUCUUUAAGUAAGUUUACUACAAUGCCUUAUCCUGAUCAUCACUCUUUACGUCAAAUUACCAACCGUCUAAUCAACGAUGAAUUAUCCCAAGACAUAAAUGAGUUGCAAACUGAGUUUUGUCGAAUGAAAGAAUGUCUAACUGAAGAGCAGUCGAAGGUUUUUAAUGAAAUUAUGCAUGCAAUCGAUAGUCAAAAUGGAGGGUUGUUUUUUGUAUAUGGUUAUGGUGGAACUGGGAAGACUUUUUUGUGGAAGACAUUGGCUUCUGCAAUUAGAUCUAAAGGACAGAUUGUGUUGAAUGUUGCUUCGAGUGGUAUUUCUUCGUUAUUACUAUCUAAAGGAAGGACGGCACAUUCUAGGUUUAAAAUCCCCAUUAACUUGACAGAAGACUCCAUGUGCCACAUUAAGCCAAACGAUGAUGUUGCUGACCUACUAAAAGAGGCAAAGUUGAUUAUAUGGGACGAAGCCCCUAUGGUCCACAAGCAUGCUUUUGAGGCACUAGAUAGAACAACGAAAGACGUUUUAUCGUCUUCUAUGGGUCACCAGUCUGAACUACCAUUUGGGGGUAAAGUUAUUGUUUUUGGUGGGGACUUUAGACAAAUCCUCCCGGUCAUUCCUAAUGGUACUAGACAACAAAUUGUCAAUGCAUCUUUGAGUUCUUCAUAUAUAUGGUCAGAAUGCAAGGUUUUAAAAUUAACAAAAAACAUGAGGUUGAUAGUUGGAGCUCAAACAUCUAACGUUGAGUCUAUUGAGAAAUUUGCAAGAUGGCUACUUGAUAUUGGUGAAGGAAACCUUGGUUCAGAAAAUGAUGGUGAAGCACUUAUAGAGAUACCGGAUGACUUAGCAAUCACCAAUUUGGACGAUCCAAUACAAAAAAAAGAGUAUUUGAGCUCUGACAGUAUAUGUCAAACUGAGCAAGUACUUGAUUCUUUCCAACAAGAUUUGUAUUCGGCUGAUAAUUUGAAUGCUCUUAAAAUAGCCGGUUUACCUAAUCAUAAGUUGGUUCUUAAAGUUGGUGUUCCUGUAAUGCUUCUUCGAAACAUUGAUCAACAAAGUGGUCCAUGUAAUGGAACUAGACUUCAAAUAACCUUUCUCGGUAAACGAGUUAUUGAAGCUGAAGUAAUAUCAGGUGGGAAUAUUGGUACUAGAGUUUAUAUUCCAAGGAUUUCAAUGAUUCCUUCUGACAAGAAGAUACCGUUUCAGUUUCAAAGAAGGCAAUUUCCGUUGUCAGUAUGUUUUGCUAUGACAAUUAACAAAAGUCAAGGGCAGUCUUUAUCAAGAGUUGGGCUAUAUUUAAAGGAUCCAGUUUUUAGUCAUGACCAGUUGUACGUUGCUUUAUCGAGAGUGAAGACGAGAGAAGGUGUCAAAAUUUUAGCGUACGAUGCUGAUGGUAAACCUUCGAAGCAGACAUCAAAUGUGGUUUACAAGGAGAUAUUUGGUAACUUGUGA